AUGGCUAUAUUAACUACAGAUGCAAUCAAGCUUAUAGUGGAAGGAGCUAUAGACUUAUCCCCAUGCAUCCAAGUAUUCUUUAUAUCAACAUUUGGGAGCAACCCUGAACAAACUACACGAUUUCGAUUAGAUAUUUUUGAUGGUACAGACAAGCGCAAAGCAACGUUGCCCAAGAAGUAUAAUGAUUACAUAAUCUUUGAAGAGAUUAAGAUUGGAUCCAUAAUAAAGUUAUCAGAGUACAGCUAUCCCAAAUCGAGUAAGACAUGGUGGAUUAUGAUUAUACGUUUGGAGAUCGUAUCUACGAUACAUGAAAUGAUUGGGGAACCAGUCUCCCUUGAUGUAGACCAGUACUGCCAGAUGGAUCAAGCGACACAACUCACCCCUAAUUUUGAUAUUGGAGUAGAAAACCUCCAAAAUUCAGGGACACUCUCUCAGACAAAAGUACUAUUUGGAGUAAAGCGACCCCAAAGUUCAAGUGGGGUAUUGAGCAUAAUUACACCUAUAAAGAACUUGAAUCCAUUCCAAACAAGGUGGACUAUCAAAGUUCGUGUGACUAUAAAGAAAGAAAUUCAUCAAUACAAUAAGCAAACAAGAAAUGGUCGAGUGUUUAGCUUCGACAUCAUAGAUAGGGAAGGGACAUUGACACGUGUAUCGGGUUUUAACAAUAUGGCAGACACAAAUUAUGGUAAUAUAGACAUUGGAGCUAUGUAUAAGAUUUCAGGUGGGGUUGUGAAAAUUGCUAAUAAAAUUUAUAACAAACUUAACAGUGGGAUAGAAAUAACUCUUGUCCCUGAAUCAAUAGUAACCCCCUGUGAAGAUGACCCUUCCAUUCCAAAAAACUAUUUCUCAUUCAUGCCUAUUAAUGAAAUAACUGAGAAAAGUAAUAAUUCAAUCAUCGAUGUUAUUGGUGUUGUUAUUUGUGUAGAACCAAGCUCUACAAUCAGAAGAAGAGAUGGAAUAGAGGUUAUAAGGCGUACCAUAAAGCUACUGGAUAUGUCUUGA